AUGAGAAUUCACUUAAUAAUGAUGAUUUAUAUGCUGACAAUAACCUUCCUGAUGGUUAUUUUAAUAAUUCUCACAGCGAAUCUGACUAUAAUCCUCAUCAAAAUGACGAUGGUUAUUUUAAUGCUUCUCAUAGCGAAUCUGACUAUAAUACUCAUCAAAAUGACACUUGCACUAAUCCUGUAUUGAAUAUUGAAAAUCUAUCGAAAACUUGCGAUUUUUAUACAAGCUGCAUAGAAAACAAAUUUCAUUGCGGAAAUGAUGGAUAUCCACUUGCUUAUGGAUUCAAGUAUUGCAAUCGAUUCGCUAGUUCCUUAAACCUGUUCAGUGAUGCUGGAAAGAAAUGGGUUGUCAAUACAAUAAUUUGCCUUCAAAGGUCAUUAGUGUCGACAUAUGAAAAUGACGCAUCUACCUGCUCAGAUAUAAUGAAUAUUGCCUACAUUUCUCAUACACCAUGUUAUAUUGCAAAUGGCCUUUGUGAUAUUUCUCAAGAUUGGUAUACCUUAUUUAAAGUUAUUGAUGCUAUAGAUUUAUUUGGAAGCUACCAAGCUCUUAAGCAAGCAUUAAAUGUGGGAGGUAAUUGUUUACAAUUAGUUACAUGGCUUGAUGAAAAUGAAAGUGAUACUAGUUAUGCUUAA